GAAUGGGUCUCCCCCACAGAAAAAACAGUUGCACCAUAAAUCCUGCUCCAACUGAUCACUCCUCACUCCCCCUCUCUCUCUCUCUCUCUCUCUCUCUCUCUCCAGAAAUAAGAACCCAAUGUCGAUCUGUACUCCGUCGUCGUCGUCAUCUUCUUCUUCUUCUUCUUCCUCCUCUGAAUCGUCAAGCUCGACCAAAGCAUGGAUCGUCCACGGCGUGGUGGUCGGGGCCGCGGUUGCGGUGGCACUCGGGGCCCACGCCUACCUUAAACUCACCCGAUCCGCCAAGUUUCGGAGCCGGGUCGUCGGUAUUAUACCAGCCCGUUUCGCCUCGUCUCGGUUCCAAGGCAAACCUCUCGUCCAGAUCCUCGGAAAGCCCAUGAUCCAGAGAACAUGGGAAAGGGCAAAAAUGGCAACUACAUUGGAUCAAGUUGUUGUGGCAACGGAUGAUGAAAAGAUUGCUGAGUGCUGUCGAGGAUUUGGAGCUGAUGUGAUAAUGACAUCAGAAUCAUGCCGAAAUGGUACUGAGCGUUGCAAUGAAGCACUACAAAAGCUUGAGAAGAAGUAUGAUGUCGUUGUCAAUAUUCAAGGGGAUGAACCUCUAAUUGAACCAGAAGUAAUAGAUGGAAUUGUCAAAGCACUUCAGGCAGCCCCAGAUGCAGUGUUUAGCACGGCAGUCACAUCUUUGAAACCUGAAGAUGCAUUUGAUCCAAACAGAGUUAAAUGUGUAGUGGAUACUCACGGCUAUGCAGUCUAUUUUUCAAGAGGACUGAUACCAUAUAAUAAGUCUGGGAAGGUCAAUCCUCAUUUCCCAUAUUUACUACACCUUGGGAUUCAGAGUUAUGAUACGAAGUUCCUCAAGAUAUAUCCGGAGCUUCCACCUACUCCGUUGCAACUGGAAGAGGAUCUGGAACAGCUAAAAGUCCUUGAAAAUGGAUAUAAGAUGAAGGUGAUAAAGGUUGACCAUGAAGCUCAUGGAGUUGACACCCCAGAAGAUGUGGAAAAGAUAGAAGGGUUCAUGCGUGAAAGAAACUUGCCGUAGUUCUGACCAUGCGAGAAAUCCUCAGAACAUAAUACACUGUCCAGAAGCAUACACUCACUUUGUUUUCACUUGAAAUCAGCAGCAAACUCUUUCUCAUUUACGGCUCUCUUUUGUCCUACAAACAUGACUUGAAAUGUUUUGUAUCAAUCAUGUUAGUAACUAUUUUCUUUUCUGACAGUUAGAUGCUUUUGCUGUGUCUUAGGUUAUGCUUUGGUUUUUUUUUAUUUUGCCAAAAGAAUUUGGAAACGUGCGUGCUAAAUGCGGAUAGACUCAAGAGAGCUUUUGGGAAGUUCUCAUGUUAUGAAUAUUACUGCUAAUUUCUUCU